AUGAAAACGUUCAAGGACAUAUUCGACUUGUAUGUUUCUGCUGCAUCAGCUGUGGACCUCCCACGUAACUCUUGUCAGUUAUUCACCACGUGUGAAAAGCAAAUGGAGCCAGUACUGGUUCUUCUAACUCCUCAGCAGAAAGAAUUAGUGAUGAGUGAUGAUAAGGUGAUGUUCAUUUGUGGAGGAAGUGGAACAGGUAAAACAUUUGUCCUCAAGAGAAGAGCCAUGGAAUUGGGGAAGAAAAAUGAUGUCAUGGUCAUAAACGUCUCCGGGGGACUGCUGACCGAAGAAUUCCGAAACGACUUCAACGAUAACCCGAGAAUCGAGGUUGUCGAUGGGAGAGAGGAGGACAUAGAAGAGAACUUGGAAAAGUUGAAAGAACUGCUAAUCAAGAAGGGAAAAGGAAAACAUGUUCUGGUUGAUGAAGUCCCUCUUACUUUAGGAUUCCAGGGAGUACAGGAAAACCUCACCCCAGAUGCAAUUUCUGACCAUUGGGGAUUUAUUGUGAAAAUGAAGGAUUACAUUAAAACCAUCACUCUCGUCUUCCGACCUAAUGACCAGUCUUACUCCAGGGACGUUCCUUUGCAGGAUAUCAAGCCUGGAGGUCUUUCUAUUAAAGUUCUUGAUAGAGUAAAGAGGAAUAGCAGAAAAAUUGCAGACUUGUUUCUGGCUAUCGCGGAUUAUGCACGCCGGAUCUUCAUAUCCCGAGAAAGGACACUUCCAAUGGAUGUAGAAGAGUCGGAGAUUAAAUUCCUCCCAGUCCUCUUCCCAGUUCCAUCUUGUUUCUCUCUUCACCCAAGCAAGUGCAAGGAUGAACUGAUCUGUCGGGCUGUUAGAGCUUCUCAUGCCAUUAAGUACAUCCAUAAGGAAUUCUCGACAUCAUCGAGGAAAGCUCCACUCCUUGUCGUGGUUGAUAGUGACAGAAUGAAGGCAGCCAUGGUCAAUAUACUCACUUUUAUCGACCACUCACCUGUUUCGUUCUUUGGUGAGAAAGGGAAAUUCUUAGGAAAGCUCCCGCCGGAGGGUUCCUUCUCCCUUGUGGUAACUGAUGAAGAAAUGCUAGGGUGCCAUGUGAAUAACGUCAAAGUAAUAUUAGAUUUCCCCAAUUCCAUAUGGAAGAAUUUCUGCCGAUUGAUAACAACCACUGAUGACAAGAAAAUCCUCAUUAUAGAGGAAGAAGACUGGAAGACAGGCAAGUUCUCUCGUCUUGUAAAAGAAAUUCCUGGAUGGGAUAUAAAAGAGGUCAACUUCAGUGAACAAGGUCUCAUUCAAAAGCUGGAAACGGCAUGGGAAGAGUAUAAAAGUAAUGUGAUUCAUCAUAUUAAUGAAAAGUCGUUCCCUUCUGGAAGCUGCCCUAAAAUGGAUGUUAAAUGGGAUGCAGGUGAUGAAAUGGAAGAGGUAAAGAACUUGCUUGGAUCUUGGAUAAUAGGAGUAUUUGGGUAUCCAGGUUCCGGAAAGUCUCGGAGAGUUGACAUGUUCAUUCAAAGAGAAUUACAGCUUCGGGUUCGAGUCCUCAUUCUCCAUUGUGGAAGCGUGUUGUCUCAAGAACUAUAUAAGCAACGCUGGAGAACUGAAAAAAAUGUCGCCAUUAAACCUGUCCCUUCCAACAAUAUUGAGUCUCUGCAGGAUAUAUUGAACAUCAACGAAUUGGUAGUAGCUGCAAAAAGGAAGGGCAAGGUGGUUGGUUCAAUGCUUGUCGUCAUCGAAGACUGCCCGAUAUUGAAGGAUAUGGAAGAGCAGAUCAACAAGGUUGUGGACCAGUUUAAAAAACUUAAAAUUAAGCUGGUCCUCGUUUUCAAGUCACAUUCGCGCGAUGAUUCGGGAAUCCCGAUCGAGGUGAUAAUGAGACUCUUGAAAUCCAAUGCAAAUACAAUUGCUGUUGUCCUCCCAUCCCCUCCAACAGACAUGAAACUCUUAAGGCACAUCUAUCGAAACGAGGCUGGCACUCCCUUAGAGUUGCAAGCGAAGAGUCUCCCCACAUCGUCACUGCCCGCCGCCAUCAUUUUCGGUGAGCCAGUGCUACUCAUAAAUGACAUAAAUUACAAGUGCCCAGGGCGACAUGUGGGAUACACAUGCAAAGGAAAUCCUAUGUGUGGCCCCCUUGCUAAGGAAAUGCACACUACUCCCUCUGCUCAAUCCAUAUUUGUCUAUUCCAUCGCCAUGGAAGAGGUGAAGAAAGACAGUGAUGAGAUCUAUGUCCUUGCAGCUGAUGAAAAUCUGCUAGCAUGUUUAAGAAAUUUCCCACGAUCUAGCACAGAACGUAAAAUUCAAUUCAUCCAUCCAAAGGACUUUCGAGGCUGCGAAGCUUCCAUCGUCAUCUCUGUGAACAUCCCUGAGGACUGGAUGUUGGAAGUAAUCUCCCGCUCUCGGACUCGCCUUGUCAUAAUCGAUUUCCUACAAGAGCAUCGAGAGCUC